AUGAAUCGUUGGGGCAAGAACCCUGCUCCGGCCGGUUGCACCGGUGCCGGUGCCGGUGCCGGUGCUGCAGGUGUCGGGGAGGUGCCGGUGCAGAAGGUGAACAAGAUCGAGUUUCACAACCUGAUUUCCAGGCCCAGCAUCAACGGCGGCGGCGGCCGUCCACCACGAGGGGCGGAAGACGACAUCAACGAGAAGGCGGAGAGGUUCAUCAGGGAGAGGAGGUUGUGGUUCCACCGCCAGAAGCCCGGCGGGCCGUCGUCGGCCUGA